UCCAACCGGAAAGAGAAUUCCCGGCCGAAAGUUCUCCUUCUUCCUCCUCCUAAAACCCAUAGGUAAACCCUCCAAAACAGCGUUUGACGGAGCUUCCAUUGCCGGCUGGCGCAGAGAGAGAGAGAGAGAUAUGAAGUUCUCGGUGAAGGCAUGGAGCAGCGGGAAGGCACGGACAGGGGUUCUGCAUCUGGGCAGCUUCGAGAUGGAGACGCCGUCGCUUCUGCUCUCUACCCGGAAGGGGCUGCCCCACUUCAUCUCCCCCGACCUCCUCCCUUCUCUCCCUUCUCCCGACUCCCGCCUCCUCCAGUUCAGCCCCCUUCACUUCUUGGAUGGCCUUUCGCCAAAGACGAUUUCGAAAAUCGGAGGUUUACACCAAAUGCUUGGCUUGCACGAGUACGGGUUCGUAGCCGUUGCAAGGGACUCCAUUCAGUGCCUUCCUUCACAUGAUGGAACUAACAGAGUCGGACCCUCUUUCGAGACGCCUUGUGGCCGCCACUUGAUUAAACCGAUAGAGUACAUGGAAAUGAUCUCUUCCAUGAGGCCGAACAUCUGGGCGACAUUGGCUGAUGAGGUGCCUGCUUGGGUGUCCGAGAAGCGGAAUACUUCCUCAGUGGAUCGCACCGUGAAAUGGCUUGAUGAGUGUAUCGCACUGCGUCCGAUUGGUGGAGAAGUUUUUGGAGCCAUUGUUGGUGGGUCCAAUGAAGAAUUACGACAACACUGUGCUCGAGAGGUAGCUAGGCGAAAUGUGUCAGGAUACUGGAUUGGAGGGUUUGGGCUUGGAGAGAGCAUGGAUGAGCGUCCUGCUCUUCUAAAUGCUGUUUGUGAUAAUUUGCCUGAGGAAAAGCCACGUUUGAUCUGUGGACUUGAUCUUCUAGAGGAGGUCCUACAGGGAGUUGCUGCAGGGAUUGACCUCUUUGACUCGACGUACAUUAACCAUAUCACGCUUGGAGGUUUUGCGCUUACCUUUCCCCUUGAUGGAAUUGAAGCAAAGGUGUCAAAUUUCCAGCCUAGUGAUGUAGGAAGUGACCGAAUAAAGAUCAACCUGAGGGCAACAGUUUACAGGAAAGACACUACCCCCAUAGUUGAAGGAUGUAGCUGCUAUACAUGCAGGAAUCAUACCAAAGCCUAUAUCAAUCACCUUCUCAAUGUUCAUGAGAUGCUCGCUCAGACUCUACUUGAACUACACAAUACUCACCAUUAUCUGGGUUUCUUCCGCUUGAUAAGAGAAUCAAUCAAGGAAGGCAAAUUUGAGAGAUUCCGCCAAAGAUUCAUCGCUGACAGGCAUGAUGAUUUAGCUGUCUCUGCGGCAAAUGCAUGAAUAUUGUGAUACCCCAAAGGUAGCUGAAUAUAUGACCCUUUUGUAGGAGUAGAUAAAUCAAAAUGGUUCAAUUAUAGCAGAAUACAUAUAGCAGCUAGCUGUCCCAGCUUCAAAAUGUAAUAUUAGUUUCAUGCUUUCACCCUUUUCCCGUAAAAUUUAGCAGAGACUGAGGUUGUCAAAUGGCUUCGUGUACUUCAAACGUAAGUUUGAACAGAAGUAAAUUUUUUUUAUGAGGAAAUGUGUAGUUAAUUUUUUUUUUUACGAAGACAGUAAUGAGUGUUACACUUUGUUCAAUAUUGUUCGGAUUCCAUUUAUAAUUUAAGGCAGAAGAACCUUUUAGCA